AAUCUUCGUCGCCAUCAUUGUUAGUGGCAGUGAAGCCUGUGUGUAGGGUGACAAGAAGUGAGUGUCAGUCGGGAUUUCGGUGAAUGUCCUCCGGGCAGCAGCCAUGGUUCAGACGUGCUCAGCGUACGGCUGUAAGAACCGCUACCACAAAGACAAAGACAUUUCCUUCCACAAGUUUCCUCUGGCACGUCCGGACAUUUGUGGUAAAUGGGUGGCUGCGAUGAGGAGGAACAACUUUAAGCCCACAAAGUACAGCAACAUCUGCUCCCAGCAUUUCACCAAAGACUGCUUCAAGACGGAGUGCAACAACAGAGUGCUUAAGGAGAAUGCUGUGCCGUCGCUCUUCACCUUCAACCUAACCAUCAAGACGGAGCCACUGGAGGAUCCCUUUUCGUCCGACAUCCAUUUCCCCCUCUCUCUGCCUCUGACCUCUGACCUGGCGAUGGAGGAGGAGGAGCCGGAGGAGCCCGGGAGGAGCCUGCCCGAUACCUGGGGCGACACAGUGGCGGUCUCCUGUGACCACAACUACACAGCGGAGGAUUCUGCCCGGCAGAAGAAGCGCAUCGAGCAGCUGGAGGAGCAGUUAGGGAGACUGAGGAAGAAGCUGAAGACGAUGCAGCAGAAGUGUCGGCGGCAGGAGAGACAGUUAAAGAGGCUGAAGACGACGUGCGAGACAGCGAGGACCGGCCGCGAGCAGGCGGCGGCGUUCGGAGAGGGAUACGUGCUUUUACCAAAACACAUCUACCACACGCUCAAAGGCAUUGAGUAAGAAGGAGCAGAAAGAAAAAGAGAGAGCAGUGUGGUCGAAGUGAGCUUCAGAUUCGAAUCUGUUGCAGGUUGAGUCUCACAUCUCUCAGCAGCAGCCGGGCAGACUGUUGAAGAGCUGCUCAGCAAGGCAGCAAACCCCUGAGCUGAGGGCUGAACCCCUCGUUUGACAACAUAAAUGCAGGAUGUGGAAAACUCCAGUGUGAUAAGAUUUUUUUUUCCCCCAUAAUGAAAUGACUUUGAGUUAACUUUCACUUUAAAUAAAUAGUUCAGUAUUGUGCAUACAGUUUUAAUGGUAGUUCCAUACUGAAGAUUGCUUGACAUAUAACAGCUGGGUGUUGUGACUGGAGUCUUAUUGUAACCACAUGGUACUGGACGGACAGAGAAACUGUUGUUCUUCCAGAAAUACUGCCAACAUGAAAACUGCCCAAAAAAACUAAAAACAGAAGGUUUUGCUUGUGUAAGAAUUAAAAAAAACAUGUUGCAGCACAGUGGUGCAGUGGUUAGCACUGUCGCCUCACAGCAAGGGGGUUCCAGGUUCGGAUCCCGGUCUGGGCCCUUCUGUGUGGAGUUCGCAUGUUCUCCCUGUGCCUGCGUGAGUUUUCUCACAAUCCCAGAAACAUGCACGUUUGGUCAAUUGUUGCGUGUGUGGUUGUCUGUCUUUGUGUGUUGGCCCUGUGAUUGACUGGCGACCAGUCCAGGGUGAACCCCGCCUCUCGCCCGUAGUCAGCUGGGAUAGGCUCCAGCCUCCCCGCGACCCUGACGGAUAAGCGGGAUAAAAGACAGAUGGAUGUUGCAGCCUGUUAAUUGGUUAGCUUCACAGGUGAUAGAAGGUGUAAUUUUGAACUUCAGAUAGAGAAGGGCUCACUGUUUUCCCCUGCUUCAAGCCUUUGUGCUAAGCUAAGUUAAGCACAUCCUGACUCUGGCACCGUACUUGACACUUCAACAUGACAUUUCUGUGGAUCUUUUCUCUCAGUUCAGUCUCAGAAAGAAAACAAAAUGAUGUUGAACUAGUUCCUCAAAGAUCAUAGCGUGGGAUUUGGACAUACAGCACAAUGGGUUGCAAGAAAAGUUGAAACACAUAUUCCUCAAGUGUUCAGAGAGGAGCUCAAAAGACUACUAAUUAGCACUAUUCGAUAUUAAAUCAUCCACAUUUGCUCACUGUCUCUUAGUCUUUUAUCCUCUUCUUCAAAUGUGCAUAAACUGCAUUCAGUGAACUUUGCUUAUCGGUGAAAUCUGCAUCACGCAUCUCUAGAAAAAGCCUACAAUGAACAAAGGGCUUAUCUUUAUUUUUCUUCACCUAAACAUGAUGCAAACAUGUUGAGUGUGGGAGUGUGUAUGUGACGAAAGCUGUGUCACACACAUCCAAUUGGAAAACAGCUGAUUUUUGCCUCGACGGUCAGUGUAAGACUCAAAGAAACAAGUGAAUGUCAUUUCCCCCAGAGUGACUGAAGAGUGUGUGUGCGUGCAUAUUUGAAUCACUGAACAGCUGCUAAUGUGCAAUAAACUUGAACGACACUGAAGCCAUAACAGUUA